GACUCAUGAGGACAUGAGUAUCUUUCUUUCCCUGGGGGGGUUGGGGGGCAAGUUGUUACACCUGCAUCAGGUGUAACAAUUAUCGUCAGCGAGAACGAAGUCGAUCUUGUGUCAUUCAACCUUGGUUCAGACGAGAGCCCUGGGCUUCUCAUGGUCAAUCUUAACAUCAAUCAGGUCGUUUUAGACCCUCACGCCCAAGUCCUUUGGAAACAAACAAUAGUUCGACUCCGCAUUGUACACACGGGCUACGGCCCAGAUCGACUCCGAAUCUGCUACAAUUGGAACACCUGGCUGGCAAGGAGCGGCUUAUUCAGCGAAGACAUCGAUCAGAAGAUACGAAAUGCCGCGCAGCAAUACAUCAAGGAUAGAGUCAAAGAGUGGCCCGUUGCGUUCAGGAAGCUCGGAGCAUGGACGAACUCGGAAGGUGGCGUCUUUUGCAGACUCUGCGGUCUCAUGGAGCCAGAAUGGCGAGGGGGAUUCCUGGUCAAAUUUACAGAUUGGGCAUUACAACAAUCAAGCCCGGCAGAAUGGAAUGGAAAGCUUGUGGCGCCGGCGGAUGCCUACUGUGAUGAACACCUGUGUCAAGUUAUUGAGGCAUCAAGGAACGAGCAGAACUUCAGUGCUGCUGAGUGGCAUGUUGUUCAGCCAGUAUUGGAUGAUCUGACUGUUCAUAUGACAUAAAGAAUGAAA